AUGAGGCUCCUGUCGUUCGUGCCCUUUGGCUGCCGUGCUGGACCCGUCGACGACACGCCGCCCGUGGACCACGCCGCUGCUGCCGGAGACGCCGCCACCGCCGCGAGGAGGCGCCGGAGGAGGAUUGCCAACAGGUCCGCCGUGGGUGCCGCGCAGUGGCGCCCCUCGCUUGGGGACAUCUACGAGGAGUACAGCACCGACGCGGCCAAGGCCGCCGGCGGGCCGGCGAGGGCCUGUCUUGCCAGGAAGGCGGCGUCCUGGGACGUCGCCCGGGUGCUGCCCCGCGCGCGCAGCGAUGAAUACAGGCACCUUGAGAGCGCGUCGUCCAUGCCAGCGUUCGCACCGACGGCGUUCCUGUUCUGA